AUGUUAAAUGGCUUUGAUAUGCUGGCCAAGGGCGAAAGAAUCCUCUCUCAAGGCCUGAGGAAAGAUUUGCUGGAAUGUUCGGCGGUUGCGAUCGGCCUGAGCAGCAACAGCACGAUCCGAGAACAACAGGUCGAAGCGAACCACAAGCUUGCGGCACAAUUCUCGACGUGCAUUUCAAUGCCGCAGGGGAAGGAGUUGUUCAUGACUGUUGGUUCCAGCCACACAACAUGUUUCUUGAAAAGCUUGAUGUAUGGCAAGCUUGAACAGAGCUCGAACAGUUGCAUGCAACCGGGCCACCCGGUCCAAGAGGCUUUGGUUUCAGGCUGGAAUUGGCUUAUCUUGUCGGACGUGUUGGAGCAGCAGUGGCCGGGCCUGCCUCUCCUAUACUCCUCGGUUUUGAACAACAGCAAUUCCGUCCACGUAGCCAGCACCGAAAUGGAGGCCCUCGCUACUUUGCAAAAGUAUAUGGCCUCUGGGAAGUCCAUGCAGGAAGCCAUUACUUUGUGCAAACAGGGGGAACCAGUUUGUAAGUCUUACAUUGAUGCCAUCGCGAUGUUUGCCCAAAAGUUCUGUGGUGGCACAGAUAUGCCCAUGGUCGGCUUUCUGGUGGGGUUCAGCAAAGUCUACGGUGAAUCCCAACGUCUGGGAUCGGAAUUCACCCGUCUCAUCGCUCACUAUGAUUUCCGCUUGGAUGCCAAUCUCGCACCAUGUUUUCGCAUCGCAUGCAUGGCCGCCCAAAUGUCGUCACCGAAGGUAGUGGAUGGAGUAGCGAAAAUGAUUUACAAGUCAGACCUCGAUGCUGCAAAGAAGCGAAAGCAGGAGUUGCAGGAGUCCGAGGAAGGCCUUCGAGAUGCAUGGCAUGUGACUCAAUUGGCCGGCCACUUGUCCGAGCAUGAAAAGAUCCAGGUGUUCGGGCGCUUAUGUGUUCGGACUGUCUUGUGGAUGCUUGGCAAACAGAAGGCAGGUCGUGAAGAGCGGGAGUGGGCUUCUUUCGCGGGCAUUCGGGAUGCUUUCGCUGACGAGCUCAUGAAGAAGGAUGCGAAGCCGUCUUCGUCGGCAUCUGUGCUGCCAGCCAAGUCGGACAUCGUGAACAUGGUUGAUGCAUCGAAAGCGAGCAUCAUGCUUGUCCAAUACGAUCACUUGGAGGUGGGCUCGAAUUACACGAACGAAGACCAUCCCAACAAGGUUUGGACCUUGACCAAGGUUGCUGACGAAGGUUGCACGUUCGAGCACCAGCCCUUGUGCCAGCCCGCCGAGUCCGUGUCUGCGGUUGCUUCGGAGUUGAAGAAAUGGAAACGAACCAAGAAGCCGGUUCUCAUUUGUUACGACCAGGCCAAGACUCACGAUUUCAUGUACGAGUCAAGCCCGGCAGCUUCAGAGCCCGUGGAGCUUGCCAAGAAACAGGUGAAGUUUUACGAGGCCUGCUGCAGCCUUGCGAACUGCAGCAGCAUGGUGAGCUUCUUCGGACCGCCGAUGAAUGUCUGUGCCAAUGAGAACAUCGCCAAAAACAAGUUGAAGCUUGUUGCCUACGGCCAGCUCUCCAAGCUUGAUCCCAAUUCAAUCCACAAAGUGGGCGGCUACAGCUUGUAUCCUUUCAAGACUUGCACGGACAUCGACAAGCUCAACAACACCUUCGUGCUGGUCCCCUUUUGGUUCAUCAAGGUGUCAUCGCAAAACCCAAACAUGAGCUUGAGUGUUGUGAAGAAAGAUGGCUUUGAGAUCCCUUGCAUGACGAACUCUCGUGCCGUGAAAGCCGGCGAGGUUCUUGUGUGCGAGGCUGCCGCCCAACCCAAGGCCAAGGCUUCCAACAAGAGGAAGGCUUCCUGA